CUGGCUCACCUUGCUGUAUAUAAAGAGAGAAACUCAUGAGAGAGGCAGUAAAGACUCAGAGCCUCUGUGAAGAGCUCAGCCAUUCCUCCUCGGUACUCCUGGGACUUUGUCAACUUCUAAUUAUGACUGCUUUCUUGGCUCUGGCUCUUGUAGCUGUGGCAUCUCCUUUACUGGCAUUCGAUAUGGGCCAAUCCACUCGCUGUGUUACCAUUCCCAACCAGAUGAAGGUCUGCAAAGAUGUAGGAUAUUCAGAGAUGAGGCUGCCAAACUUUUUAGGCCACAGCAACCUUGAAGGUGAGGUGGUGCCCCGCUCUGAAGACUGGAGGCCACUGUUGCAAACUGGCUGCCACCAUCAAGCCCAGGCCUUCCUCUGCUCUAUCAUUGCACCUGUCUGUCUUGACACUUUCAUCCAGCCUUGCCGUAGUCUGUGUGUGGCAGUGAGGGACAGCUGUGCCCCGGUGCUCGCCUGCCAGGGACACCCCUGGCCUGAGGCUCUGGACUGUGACCGCUUUCCUGCUGAGGAAGACAUGUGCCUUACCCCCCUUGCAAAAUUUAGCCACUUUAUUAAAGACUUACCAAAACCUGCUUGCCAAAAUUGUCCCUCUGUGGAAGUGGCUCCUCCAAUGAAGACAGUUCUAAAUGCUUUUUGUCACCAUGACUUUGCCAUUACUGCUAAGCUCCAUCGUCUUCGCCACGCCACAGGAGAGCCAGAGUUCCAGGUCGAGGGCCGUGUGGAGUUCAUUCGUCAGGGUCCUCUGUUGCCUUAUGACACUAGGCACCUCCUGCAGGAGUGGCUUCUCAUCAACCGCGGAUGUGCCAGCGCCCUGGUGCGUCCAGGACGCCUGCAGCUCUACGUGCUGACCGGCUCCGUGCAGCCAGACGGCAACAUUGCCCUCAUCCAUCUCUUCCCCUGGCACAAGAAAGAUGCAAGCAUCGCCCUGGCCACUCGCAAAUGGAAGCAUCAUAGAUGCUGACGUACAAGGAGGAGUACUAUAUAGAAAUACCUCAGGACAGAAAAAGAACAUCUGAAGACUUGUAUUAUGCAGUAAUGCUGGAUCCAGGCCAAACCACAUCACUCUGUUCACUGUUAACUCACUCUCAGGUUUCAGCUUUAUGGUCCGUAUGCUGUAAUAUUAUGCACUCAUACCUGUAAAUAGUUUUAAAUAAGUGUAAAUUCAUAUAUUUUAUUUGCUUUAAGGAUAUCAAUGUAUUUAUCAUGUGUUUUUGU